GCAAACACACUAGGCGAUGCUCCGAACAAGCUUCGCUGCGCUGCGCUGUCCCAGUCUCGGCAGCUGUCUCGCUUGCAUGCAGAGCACUGCAAUAAUUGGCAUGGAACGACAAGGCUCUGCGUGAGACGCGAGCAUGCUAUUUUAAUCCAGUCUCGGUGGCCAUGUAGUAGGGGAGUGAGGAAGCAACUUGCGAGGCAUCAUCGCCCAUGUCGAUCGUUACGCAGAGGCAGGCAAAGGGCAACUCGCUCCUGCAACUGUUGUGUACUACCAGUUCGUUCAUCCUCAGGCAUCGCCCAUGCUGAUCGUCAGGCAGGCUGCACCCAGGGGGGAGGAAUGAGUGCGAGGAUCACUGCAAUGAUGCGGCGUGACUGAAAUCGCGAAGCAUAUGAGGCCACACGCCGGGGAGGGAGGAAGCGUUGUUGACGGCUGGUUUGAUAAUUGUAGGCACUGAUUCUGUUCUGCUGCCCACUAGUACUAAUCAGUUGUAUAUCUGUGUAGUCUAUGAAUGCGGUUGUUUGCCGUGCACACACAACUUUCUUUAUCUUUUUUCUUUUCUUUUUUGCUCGGAAUCAAUACUUAGUUUAAAGCCUUUCAGCUCACGCUAUGCAGGUGGCAGCAUAGUUUUUAUAUAUACAUACCAACCACCUGCAUGGUUUUUAUAUAUACAUACCAAUGGCCGAAAAUGACAUGAACAAAAAAAAGAGUAGCAGAGUAAUACUGGAGUUGUAUGCAGGGCAGUCGAUGAUCGUGGAAGAGAGAUGAAUUAUUAUGGAGUUAUUAAUGACAUACUCGAGUACAACUUUGCUGGUAGCAAAAAUCUUAAGGUGGUGUUUUUCAAAUGUGAUUGGUUUGAUCCUAAUCAAGGGAGAUUCGGAAGAUGUAGUAAGUCCUAACAAAAGGAAACGGAAGUCAAGGAAGAAAACAUCGAAUCGAAGGAAACAAUUUGAUCCUGAUUUCGAAUACGACUAAAAAGAUGUCUAAAAAGGUGAAGCAGUUCACUAAGGGACUUGCGAAGAGAGCAUCCUAUGUUAUGAGAAAGGAGGACUUAGUGUUUAAGGGCACUAGUUCCAGCUCGAGUAGGUGUAGAGCUUUGCUGGAGCAUGUUCCAGAGUUGCAGGGUCAGACAGUUGGCGUUCAGAGGAAUGAGGUAACAAAUAUUUGUUUAUAUGGAUUUUUGUAUGUAAGAUUGCAUUGUUCUUUUGUAUGAGGUUGCAUAUGGCGAGGCGAUGUCUAGUCAGCACAGACUAGACUAUGACUGGAGGACCUCACCUAUUGAUCCUCAGGCUGUGUAUGCAAGUGGUGGAAAAGCUCAUGGAAGGUACACAAUGUUUGCUAACGUCAUCGACUCGAGCCAGGUGAGGGUUCAGUGUGGAGGUUCAUCGAGGUCUGCUGCUCAUAGCUCCCGUUGCUCCACUCAAGAUCCAGCAGAAGUGGAGCAACUGCGAGAAGAACUUAGGCGACAUCAGGAUUACUUGAAGCAACAAGCUACGCAACAUGAAUAUUAUGCUACACAGAUUCAGCAACAACAAACACUCAUACAACAACUAGCACAGGCCCAAGGGAUACACGUCCCGGUGCCCCCCACCACCUCCCGUUCAUUAUCCUUGGUCUUCACCUCCACCUAUACCUACAUCUCCAUCUAUCGAACAUCAGGUAUGCAUAUUCAUCAUCAUUUACUUGUUGUUAGUUAUAUUAUGAUGUAACUCAGCAAAUGUCAUUUGUACAUGUAUAUUAGACCCCUCUAGCUACCUUGCCGACGCAUGAACAAGAGGACAGGUUAGACUUUGUCGAAACCCUCUUCAAUAGUGGAGGUAUCGACCAUCACUCUUCACUGUAACCCGAUGGUGAUCGGCGACCGUGAGCUUCCAUGUUAUUGCGUUCUGAUA